UUUAACAGUGAGCGGUACAGCCGCUUCACUCUGCAGUCGUACGAAGAGAGAGAUGGAGGGAGCCAUGUGGAGGUGAAGCUGUCUGAUGAUGUAGAUGACCACACCCCCUCUGAGCAGGCGGGCCAACCAGGGGGCUCUCCCUCAUACAGGCCCCGCCCCCAGCAAAACUACCGCAACGUGUGUUACCUGGCUCUCGGAACCCUCUUCAUCUUCAUCAUUGGUACAUACUCUUCCUCACACUCUUUUUUUUUUUUUAUUUGUCACACUCACCCUCUCUCCCUGGGCGAGUUCGUUUUGCAUCACCUGGUGCAGUUUACACAUUUUAGACCCUUCCAUUGGUCCAACAGUGAAAUCUCCAGCCACCUGGGGCACCUGGCGACGCAAAACUAAUUCAUCCACUCUCUCUUGUUUCACUCUCUAUAACCAAUCCCUGCUUCCGUUUCUCUGUUUCAGGUUAUCUGAUUGGCUAUGUGAGCCACCGCUCUCCCCGCCAGGAGCCGAUCAUUUGUGAUUCUGAGCAGGAAGUGGGCGUGGCUGAAGAGGCUGUAGUAGAAUCCUCUCUAUCCUGGAAUGACAUCACCAGCUUGCUGGCACAGAGACUGACUCCUGACGCCUUCAACAGCAGACUGAGGUACUUACACAUAGGGCAGUUGACCGUAUUACCACCACAGUGGCAUUCACCAGUCAUGACUGCAGUCAAAUUCACUGUGACUGUUGAUCAUGGUAAUCCUAUCCAAUUCUGCCAAAUGAAUGUCGCUAUCAAACUUGCAAAUGGCCCUCGCUAAUGGCCUGGUACUCAGCGCUCUAUUGUCCCUCUAAUCACUCUCUAAACACUUGAUGAUUGAAUUUGAAUGAAUCUGAAUAUUGAAGACAAAUGGUGAUGGGAGUUAGAGCUCCCAUUCCGAAAUAGACACGGGAAACCCUGGACCCAAUAUGAAUAAAUUCAUUUUUUUAACCUGUCCCGAAAGGACCUGAAGGACAACCGAUCCGAGUGAGGGAAGCAGCAGAAAAGCCUAUUGUUUUGCUACUUUCUUAAACCGGAGCCAUGGAGAAAGGGAGAGAGAGCGAGCAGCUGUAGCCCAUUAGGGAGCGGAGGCCGUGUGGUUUGUGUAAGACACAGGAGGCUCGGACGUGCACGGAGGGAGAGACCGCAACCACUGUUAUCUCGCGCUAGACUAACUUCUUGCUAUUUAUUUAUCAUCCCAUCCGAUUGCAUAUUACCUGUCUUGACUGCAUCAAACUGAGAGAAGCUAGCUAAUUGAGGCUAGCCAUAAUGUUACUCCUCUUCUCACCGUCCUACAGUUAGCCUACACAUAACAACAACUCCAUUCAGAUUAUAAAUAGCAGCCUAGCUGUUGGCUUUUGGUCAUUGUAGCCUUUCUUUCUCAUUUCACUUUUAAUUCUGUCAUUUUAAUUCCAUCUUCCAUUGAUUAGAUAUCCUCGAACUUGCUUGCCACACAAGCAGAGCAACAAUGCACUUGUCUCUCUAUCUCCGUGGAAAGGAUCAGAGCGCAUGCCUAUUUUGCGACUUUUCCAAAUCAUUAAUAUGGAGUUGCAUCAUGCAACCCUUACAUUUUGAUUUCUAAGACAUUCCCAGGUUUACAGGCCUAUCACAACUAAAUAACUCAUGGAUUUAUUGUGAUGGUUAGGGCUGGGCAGUAUACCGUAUUUUAUGAUAUACCGGUAUUGAUGCACAGACCAGUUUGGGUUUUUACUUUACCUUCUAUAACGGUAUUUGAAUGUUUCAUUUGUUAAAUGUGAUAAGCCAUGUGUAACGUCCAUUUUUAUAGUUUACUCUGCUACUUGAAUCAUCUCUCUGUCGCUUUCCACACAGACCUUUUUAUUUAUUAAUUUUUUAUUUCACCUUUAUUUAACCAGGUAAGCCAGUUGAGAACAAGUUCUCAUUUACAACUGCGACCUGGCCAAGAUAAAGCAAAGCAGUGCGAUUAAAAACAACAACACAGAGUUACAUAUGGGGUAAACAAAACAUAAAGUCAAAUAUACAACAGAAAAUAUAUAUACAGUGUGUGUAAAUGUAGUAAGGUAUGGAGGUAAGGCAAUAAAUAGGCCACAGUGCAAAAUAGUUACACUUUCGUAUUAACACUGGAAUGAUAGAUGUGCAAAAGAUGAUGUGCAAAUAGAGAUACUGGGGUGCAAAUUAGCAAAAUAAAUAACAAUAUGGGGAUGAGGUAGUUGGGUGGGCUAAUUUCACAAUGGCUGUGUACAGGUGCAGUGAUCGGUAAGCUGCUCUGACAACUGAUGCUUAAAGUUAGUGAGGGAGAUAAGAGUCUCCAGCUUCAGAGAUUUUUGCAGUUCGUUCCAGUCAUUGGCAGCAGAGAACUGGAAGGAAUGGCGGCCAAAGGAGGUGUUGGCUUUGGGGAUGACCAGUGAGAUAUACCUGCUGGAGCGCAGACUACGGGUGGGUGUUGCUAUGGUGACCAGUGAGCUAAGAUAAGACAGGGAUUUGCCUAGCAGUGAUUUUAUAGAUGACCUGGAGCCAGUGGGUUUGGCAACGAAUAUGUAGUGAGGGCCAGCCAACAAGAGUGUACAGGUCACAAUGGUGGGUAGUAUAUGGGGCUUUGGUGACAAAACAAAAGUAGAGUGUUGGAGGCUAUUUUGUAAAUGACAUCGCCGAAGUCAAGGAUCGUUAGGAUAGUCAGUUUUACGAGGGCAUGUUUGGCAUCAUGAGUGAAGGAGGCUUUGUUGCGAAAUAGGAAGACGAUUCUAGAUCUAACUUUUGAUUGGAGAUGCUUAAUGUGAGUCUGGAAGGAGAGUUUACAGUCUAACCAGACACCUAGGUAUUUGUAGUUGUCCACAUACUCUAGGUCAGAACCGCCGAGAGUAGUGAUUCUAGUCGGGUGGGCGGGUGCAAGCAGCGUUCGGUUGAAGAGCAUGCAUUUAGUGUUACUAGUGUUUAAGAGCAGUUGGAGGCUACGGAAGGAGUGUUGUAUGGCGUUGAAGCUCGUUUGGAGGUUUGUUAACACAGUCUCCAAUGAAGGGCCAGAUAUAUACAAAAUGGUGUCGUCCGCAGAGAGGUGGAUCCGAGCGUCACCAGCAGCAAGAGCGACAUCAUUGAUAUACACAGAGAAUAGAGUCGGCCCGAGAAUUGAACCCUGUGGCACCCCCAUAGAGACUGCCAGAGGUCCAGACAACAGGCCCUCCGAUUUGACACAUUGAACUCUAUCUGAGAAGUAGUUGGUGAACCAGGCGAGGCAGUCAUUUGAGAAACCAAGGCUAUUUAGUCUGCCAAUAAGAAUGCAGUGGUUGACAGAGUCGAAAGCCUUGGCCAGGUCGAUGAAGACGGCUGCGCAGUACUGUCUUUUAUCGAUCGCGGUUAUGAUAUCGUUUAGGACCUUGAGCAUGGCUGAAGUGCACCCAUGACUAGCUCGGAAACCGGAUUGCAUAGCGGAGAAGGUACGGUGGGAUUCGAAAUGGUCGGUGAUCUGUUUGUUAACUUGGCUUUCAAAUACUUUCGAAAGGCAGGGCAGGAUGGAUAUAGGUCUGUAACAGUUUGGAUCUAGAGUGUCACCCCCUUUGAAGAGGGGGAUGACCGCGGCAGCUUUCCAAACUCUGGGGAUCUCAGACGUUACGAAAGAGGUUGAACAGGCUAGUAAUAGGGGUUGCAACAAUUUCGGCGGCUAAUUUUAGAAAGAAAGGGGGGGGGGGGGGGGCAUGGGCAAGUUGCAGCGGGGGGUACAGAGCUGGUGGUCGGGGUAGUGGUAGCCAGGUGGAAAGCAUGGCCAGCCGUAGAAAAAUGCUUGUUGACAUUCUCGAUAAUUGUAGAUUAAUCGGUGGUGACAGUGUUUCCUAGCCUCAGUGCAGUGGGCAGUUGGGAGGAGGUGCUCUUAUUCUCCAUGGACUUUACAGUGUCCCAAAACUUUUUGGAGUUAGUGCUACAGGAUGCACAUUUCUGUUUGAAAAAGCUAGCCUUUGCUUUCCUAACUGAUUGUGUAUAUUGGUUCCUGACUUCCCUGAAAAGUUGCAUAUCGCGGGGGCUGUUCGAUGCUAAUGCAGUACGCCAGAGGAUGUUUUUGUGCUGGUCAAGGGCAGUCAAGUCUGAGGAGAACCAGGGCUAUAUCUGUUCUUAGUUCUGAAUUUUUUGAAUGGGGCAGGCUUAUUUAAGAUUGAGAGGAAAGCACUUUUAAAGAACAACCAGGCAUCCUCUACUGACGGAAUGAGGUCAAUAUCCAUCCAGGAUACCCGGGCCAGGUCAAUUAGAAAGGCCUUCUCGCUAAAGUGUUUUAGUGAGCAUUUGACAGUGAUGAGGGGUGGUCGUUUGACCGCGGACCCAUUACGGACGCAGGCAAUAAGGCAGUGAUCGCUGAGAUCCUGGUUGAAGACAGCGAAGGUGUAUUUAGAGGGUGAAUUUGUCAGGAUGAUAUUUAUGAGGGUGCCCAUGUUUACAGAUUUAGGGUUGUACCUGGUAGGUUAGUUGAUGAUUUGUGUAAGAUUGAAGGCCAUUAGUUUAGAUUGUAGGUUGGCCGGGGUGUUAAGCAUAUCCCAGUUUAGGUCACCAAGCAGUACGAACUCUGAGGAUAGAUGGGGGACCUAGUCCCGCCCCCUGUCACUCAAGGAGGGCAUUUGUUGUUCCUCGACCAGUAGACACUUGCGUUCAGUCUACAUGGUCAAUGCAGAAUUGUUGAUGACAAUGAUGCUGUUUCCACUUUGCUUCUUAUUAAUAUAAAUCCACAAGCGUUCUAUAAUUACACUAUUCGUUUGUGUUUCUUACAUCUGCCAAAAGUUUGUUGGUCUUAGCAAGUUGUGGCUAAAUCGCGUUAGUCCCUAAUGCUAAUAGCUAACGUUAGUUAGCUAGCUAGCUAAUAAAUGUACAGAGUCAGAGUAAAUGUAGCUAGCUAUACAGCCUGAUACCAGUAAUGGUGUAGGCCUAAAUCAGCAUUUUGUUCGUGCAACAGUAUCUUCUAAAUCAAAGAGGAAUAGGCGAAGAAUGAAUAUGUUAGCUACAUAAUGUAGCUAAGAGAAAGAUUAUAGAGUCCCCUAGGAAACACUGAUCAACACUUUGGUUCCUACCCUGUCACAAUAACUCCUCUUUGGCAUUUUCAUUUGUUGUCAUGUCAAACAACAAUGUAUUCAAAGUGCCCACUAUUAUAUUCUAACUAACUAUAUUAUAUUCUAACUCUAUUUCCAUAAUUCCAACAGUUCACCCAAGUGUUUUGUUCUAAAUUGCAAGUCAAAUCACAAUUGCAACAUUUUGAAAAAAGUAAGGCCUAGAUUGUUUGCCUGUAUUGCGCAGCCCAACAUGGCAGUGUGGAAAUUAUAUCAAAUGAGUGCAAGAAAUGCAGAAAUUGGUGAAAAUACAGAAAAUGUUGGUUUAAGUUAAAUUGAACAGUAUAAAACAUUCAGAAUGGAGAAAGACCCUUCGGAAUCACUUAGAAUGUAAGACCAAUCGGAAUCACUUAGAAUGUAAGACCCAUCGGAAUCACUUAGAAUGUAAGACCCAUCGGAAUCACUUAGAAUGUAAGACCCAUCGGAAUCACUUAGAAUGUAAGACCCAUCGGAAUCACUUAGAAUGUAAGACCCAUCGGAAUCACUUAGAAUGUAAGACCCAUCGGAAUCACUUAGAAUGUAAGACCCAUCGGAAUCACUUAGAAUGUAAGACCCAUCGGAAUCACUUAGAAUGUAAGACCCAUCGGAAUCACUUAGAAUGUAAGACCCAUCGGAAUCACUUAGAAUGUAAGACCCAUCGGAAUCACUUAGAAUGUAAGACCCAUCGGAAUCACUUAGAAUGUAAGACCCAUCGGAAUCACUUAGAAUGUAUGUGACGCCACUCUAGGGUCACGCACUACUUAUAAAGCAAAUGUAGAACUUUUAUUAUUCAAAAACAUAAAAUACCGUCAUACUAUACAAAAUUUGAAAAAUACUGUGAUAUGAUAUUUUGGCCAUAUUGCCCAUCCCUAGUGAUGGUGUAGGCCCUCAAACUCAACUCUGGACCUCCAAGCCAGUUCCACUGUGUUUUUUCAUUGUUCCCCUCUAUUCAGGGACUGAUUUAGACCUGGGACACCAGGUGUGUGCAAUUAAUUAUCAGGUAGAACAGAAAACCAGCAGGCUCCGGACCUCGUAGGGUAAGAGUUGAGUACCCCUUGUGUAGGCUAUAGGUCCAUUUUCAGUACACAACAUACUGACGUCACUCACAAAUGCCCGCGACUUUUGGCUGCAUUAAGAAAGCCAUCGGCAUCUGGUUGAACUGGUUGACGUUUAAGUGUUUUAAAAGUAUAAUUCAGUUGAUUUGCGAUGACACAAACAUUGUAUUAAGCAAAACAUUCAUGCAAGCCUUAAAAUCCAAUUAUAAUCCAAAAGUAGUGUGAAAUGCACUCAUAAGCAACAUGUAAAUAGAGGCUUUUUUUCUGGCGUUCUAUAAGAACUCCCCCGUGUUCUGCCACCAACUUGUGCGCAUCACCCUCGUGCAGCAACGUUUGCAAACACAGAAAGGGGUCUAUAUUAAAUUGAUUUAUUAAACUUUUUAAAAAGGUGUUCCAAAGGCGCGCAUCAGCGGCUUGUAUGCAUGGAGGCCCGGUGAUGCUAAAAACAAAUAUGUUAAUGGUCAAUUACUGUGACACCGACAGUCAUUUGCAUGACAAUUUCCAGCUGACAAAAUUACAUGACCGUCACAGCCCUACACACACAAAUACCUGAAAAGACUAAUGAUCCCUCUCUCUCUGCAGUGAUGUUGAACAGCCAGAUCACGAGGCAGGGAGCAGUGGAGACGGCCUUCUGGGAAAUCAUGUGUUUGACAGCUUUAAGAGUCUGGAGAUGGAGCCCUGGACUGAUGUACACUAUGUCCAACUACAGACACCCAACAGGUACACACACAUACAGUGCAUUUGGAAAGUAUUCAGACCCCUUGACUUUUUACACAUUUUGUUACGUUACAGGCUUAUUCUAAAAUGGAUUAAAUUGUAUUUUUUCCCUCAUCAAUCUACAAACAAUAGCCCAUAAUGACAAAGCAAAAACAGGUUUUUAUAAAUUUUUGCAAAUGUAUUACAAAUAAAAAACGGAAAUAUCACAUUUACAUAAGUAUUCAGAAACUUUACUCAGUACUUUGUUGAAGCACCUUUGGCAGUGAAUACAGCCUCGAGUCUUCUUGGGUAUGACGCUACAAGCUUGGCACACCUGUAUUUGGGGAGUUUCUCCCAUUCUUCUCUGCAGAUCCUCUCAAGCUCUGUCAGGUUGGAUUGCGAGCGACGCUGCACAGCUAUUUUCAGGUCUUUCCAGAGAUGUUCGAUCGGGUUCAAGUCCGGGCUCUGGCUGGGCCACUCAAGGACAUUCAGAGACUUGUCCCGAAGGCACUCCUACAUUGUCUUGGCUGUGUGCUUAGUGUCGUUGUCCUGUUGGAAGGGGAACCUUCGCCCCAGUGUGAGGUUCUGAGUGCUCUGGAGCAGGUUUUCAUCAAGGAUCUCUCUGUACCUUGCUCCGUUCAUCUUUCCCUCGAUCCUGACUAGGCUCGAAGUCCCUGCUGCUGAAAAACAUCCCCACAGCAUGAUACUGCCAUCGCCAUGCUUCACCGUAGGGAUGGUGCCAGGUUUCCUCCAGACGUGACACUUGGCAUUCGGGCCAAAGAGUUCAAUCUUGGUUUCAUCAGACCAGAUAAUCUUGUUUCUCAUGGUCUGAGAGUCCUUUAGGUGCCUUUUGGCAAACUCCAAGCGGGCUGUCAUGUGCCUUUUACUGAGAAGUGGCUUCCAUCUGGCCACUCUACCAUAAAGGCCUGAUUGGUGGAGUGCUGCAGAGAUGGUUGCCCUUCUGGAAGGUUCUCCCAUCUCCACAGAGGAACUCUGGAGCUCUGUCAAUGACCAUCGGGUUCUUGGUCACCUCCCUGACCAAGGCCCGGAUUGCUCAGUUUGGCCCGGGCGGCCAGCUCUAGGAAGAGUCUUUGAUGGUUCCAAACUUCUUCCAUUUAAGAAUGAUGGAGGCCACUGUUCUUGGGGACCUUCAAUGCUGCAGUCAUUUUUUGGUACCCUUCCCCAGAUCUGUGCCUCAGCACAAUCCUGUCUCGGAGCUCUACGGACAAUUCCUUCGACCUCAUGGCUUGGUUUUUGCUCUGACAUGCACUGUCAACUGUGGGACCUUAUCUAGACAGGUGUGUGCCUUUCCAAAUCAUGUCCAAUCAAUUGAAUUUACCACAGGUGGACUCCAAUCAAGUUGUAGAAACAUCUCAAGGAUGGUCAAUGGGAACAGGAUGCACCAGAGCUCCAUUUCGAGUCUCAUAGAAAAGGGUCUGAAUACUUAUGUAAAUAAGAUAUUUCAGUUUAAAUAUCUAAAAACCUGUUUUCGCUUUGUCAUUAUAGGGUAUUGUGUGUAGAUUGAUGAGAAAGUUAAAAAAUAUAUAUAUUUUAGAAUAAGGCUGUAACGUAACAAAAUGUGGAAAAAGUCAAGGGGUCUGAAUGCACUGUAAUUCCACUUUGCUUGUAACGUUCUCCUCCCCAAUCCCCUUCCCCACAGUGAGAAGCCAAACCGUGUUCUGAUUGGCCAAGAAGAGCUGUGCCAGCCUAAGGGCUAUCUGGCCUAUAGCGCCACAGGAAAAGCUCAGGUCAGCCAAUCAGAUGUCCACAAUUAAUUAUAUUGACUGAUCAUAUUUUUUGAUAUUUUGGGCCAAUAUUUUAUAGUGUGAAAUCGGAGCCAAAAGAAUCUGUUAGGGUUAAAUGCUUGGAAAGUGUCAUGUUUGCAACAUAUUUUCUGCCACAUUGGAUGUUUGCAAUCACAGUUGUUGCCUGAAUCUCACAAGGUGGAAUUGUUUUGUGUGUCUGUCUGCAGGGCAAGGCAGUGUAUGGUAACUAUGGGAGACAGGAGGACUUGGUGCUGCUACAGAGUCUGAAGGUUGAGCUGAACGGCACCGUGAUUCUACUGAGAGCUACAGGACAGAUCAGCCUGGCACAGCAGGUGUGUGUGUGUGUGUGUGUGUGUGUGUGUGUGUGUGUGUGUGUGUGAGUAAGAAAGUGAAUUUCAGUGUACUCCUGCGUGUUUGUGUUCCAGGUGGCUAAUGUAGCAGCGUUGGGAGUAUCUGCUGUGUUGAUUUUCCUCGACCCUAAAGACUACAAGUUACAACCAAGUACUGAACUAUACGGACAUGUGAGUACAUACACACUCACACCGCACACCACUGCAAGGUGAAUCUUACAGAGCCUGAUUCAGAGAUGCUGCUUCAACUGCAGCCAUUUCAAAUCAAAUCAAAUGUUAUUUGCCACAUGCGCCGAAUACAACAGGUGUAGACCUUACAGUGAAAUGCUUACUUACAAGCCCUUAACCAACAAUGCAGUUUUAAGAAGAAAAAAAAAAGUGAUAAGUAAAAAUGGCAAAUAAUUUAAAGAGCAGCAGUAAAGUUCUAUGUUGAUGUUCUAUCUGACAUUAUGUCUCUCAUUCUCUGAAUGUUCUGUGAUGUUCUCCUGUAGGUCCAUCUAGGUUCUGGAGACCCCUAUACUCCAGGGUUCCCCUCCUUCAACCACACCCAGUUUCCUCCCACCCAGUCCUCUGGUCUGCCCACUGUACUGGCCCAAAGCAUUACUGCUGCCACUGCUGCCAAGAUACUAACGUAAGACCACACACAAAAAAAAACACACACACACACACGCACACACACCUAACUGUUUGAUCUCUCCCCAGGCGUAUAGGUGGGCCUGAGUCCCCUCUCAGUUUUAAAGGCGAACUGGACAAUGUGAAGUACACCGUGGGAGGGGCCAGUAGUGAUGAUGUCACAGUGGAGGUGAACAGCGUGUUGCAGGACACAGAGAUCCACAACGUCUUUGGAGUCAUCAAGGGCUUCACUGAGCCAGGUACGUGUCUGUGUUUGCGAGUGCAUCCAUUUUAGUGUGUGUGACUCGAGCAGGAAUCAAGCCUAGGACGCUGGCGUUGCUAACGUCGUGCUCUUUCCAACCAAGCCACACAGACCACUCCAAAAGACGAUCUAUGAACUCUGUACAUUUUUAACAGCAAUGUUUAAUCUCUAUGCACAGUGUUUGUGUUAGUGAGUGGGUUUUGUGUUAAUGUUAUGGUGUAGAUCGAUACGUGGUACUGGGGGCUCAGAGGGAUGCGUGGGGUCCAGGCUACGCUAAAGCUACUGUCGGGACCACACUGCUGCUGGAGCUGGCUAGAGCUGUGUCUGAGAUGGUACACACAGGUAACACACAUCAAUACAUUAACACGCAUCAAUACAUUAACACACGCAUCAAUACAUUAACACGCAUCAAUACAUUAACACGCAUCAAUACGUUAACACGCAUCAAUACAUUAACACGCAUCAAUACGUUAACACGCAUCAAUACAUUAACACGCAUCAAUACAUUAACACACAUCAAUACGUUAACACACACAUCAAUACAUUAACACGCAUCAACACAUUAACACGCAUCAAUACAUUAAUACACACAUCAAUACGUUAACACACACAUCAAUACGUUAACACACACAUCAAUACGUUAACACACACAUCAAUAUGUUAACACACACAUCAAUAUGUUAACACACACAUCAAUAUGUUAACACACACAUCAAUAUGGUAACACACAUCAAUACAUUAACACACACAUCAAUACGUUAACACACACAUCAAUACGGUAACACGCAUCAAUACAUUAACACGCAUCAAUACAUUAACACACACAUCAAUACGUUAACACACACAUCAAUAUGUUAACACACACAUCAAUAUGUUAACACACACAUCAAUAUGUUAACACACACAUCAAUAUGGUAACACACAUCAAUACAUUAACACACACAUCAAUACAUUAACACACACAUCAAUACGGUAACACAUCAAUACAUUAACACGCAUCAAUACAUUAACACACACAUCAAUACGUUAACACACACAUCAAUAUGUUAACACACACAUCAAUAUGUUAACACACACAUCAAUAUGUUAACACACACAUCAAUAUGGUAACACACAUCAAUACAUUAACACACACAUCAAUACAUUAACACACACAUCAAUACGGUAACACAUCAAUACAUUAACACGCAUCAAUACAUUAACACACACAUCAAUACGGUAACACAUCAAUACGGUAACACACAUCAAUACAUUAACACGCAUCAAUACAUUAACACACACAUCAAUACGGUAACACAUCAAUACAUUAACACGCAUCAAUACAUUAACACACGCAUCAAUACAUUAACACACACAUCAAUACGGUAACACAUCAAUACGUUAACACGCAUCAAUACAUUAACACACGCAUCAAUACAUUAACACACACAUCAAUACGUUAACACACACAUCAAUAUGUUAACACACACAUCAAUACGUUAACACACAUCAAUACGUUAACACACAUCAAUACGUUAACACACAUCAAUACGUUAACACACACAUCAAUACAUUAACACACACAUCAAUACGGUAACACGCAUCAAUACACACAUCAAUACAUUAACACACAUCAAUACGUUAACACACACAUCAAUACGUUGACACACACAUCAAUACGUUAACACACACAUCAAUACGUUAACACACACAUCAAUACGUUAACACACACAUCAAUACGUUAACACACACAUCAAUACGUUAACACACACAUCAAUACGUUAACACGCAUCAAUACGUUAACACACAUCAAUACGUUAACACACACAUCAAUAUGGUAACACACAUCAAUACGUUAACACACAUCAAUACAUUAACACACACAUCAAUACGUUAACACACACAUCAAUACGUUAACAUGCAUCAAUACGUUAACACACAUCAAUACGUUAACACACACAUCAAUAUGGUAACACACAUCAAUACAUUAACACACACAUCAAUACGUUAACACACAUCAAUACAUUAACACACACAUCAAUACGUUAACACACAUCAAUACAUUAACACACAUCAAUACGUUAACACACAUCAAUACGUUAACACACACAUCAAUACAUUAACACACACAUCAAUACGUUAACACACACAUCAAUACGUUAACACACAUCAAUACGUUAACACGCAUCAAUACGUUAACACACACAUCAAUACGUUAACACGCAUCAAUACGUUAACACACAUCAAUACGUUAACACACACAUCAAUACAUUAACACACACAUCAAUACAUUAACACACACAUCAAUACGGUAACACGCAUCAAUACACACAUCAAUACGUUAACACACAUCAAUACAUUAACACACAUCAAUACAUGAAAAAACACAUCAAUACAUUAACACACAUCAAUACAUUAACACAUUCUGACAUCUGUGUCUGUGUGUGUAGAUGGUUUCCGUCCCAGGAGGAGUCUGGUGUUUGCCAGUUUGAGUGCAGGAGAGUACGGCAGUGUUGGAGCUACAGAGUGGCUGGAGGUGAGAACCACACACACACACACACACACACACACCUUACAGUUCAACACACACACACCUUACAGUUCAACACACACACACACACACACACCUUACAGUUCAACACACACACACACACACACACACACACCUUACAGUUCCACACACACACACACACACACACACACACACCUUACAGUUCAACACACACACACACACACACACACACACACACACACACACCUUACAGUUCCACACACACACACACACACACACCUUACAGUUCAACACACACACACACACACACACACACACACACACACACACACACCUUACAGUUCAACACACACACACACACACACACACACCUUACAGUUCAACACCCACACACACCUUACAGUUCAACACACACACCCACACACACCUUACAGUUCAACACACACACCCACACAAACCUUACAGUUCAACACACACACACACACACCUUACAGUUCAACACACACACACACACACCUUACAGUUCAACACACACACACACACACACACACACACCUUACAGUUCAACACACACACACACACACCUUACAGUUCAACACACACACCUUACAGUUCAACACACACACACACCUUACAGUUCAACACACACACACCUUACAGUUCAACACACACACACCUUACAGUUCAACACACACACACACACACACACACCCCUUACAGUUCAACACACACACACACACACACACACACACACACACACACACACCUUACAGUUCAACACACACACACACACACACACACACACACCUUACAGUUCAACACACACACACACACACCUUACAGUUCAACACACACACACACACACGUUAUAGUUCAACACACACACACACACACACACACACACACGUUAUAGUUCAACACACACACACACACACCUUACAGUUCAACACACACACACACACACACACCUUACAGUUCAACACACACACACACACACAUACACACCUUACAGUUCAACACACACACACACAUACACACCUUACAGUUCAACACACACUCUGGGUGGAAAGUAUUCAUGAUAUGGCAGUGUUUUAGCUAAUGGAAUUUGGUGAUAAUAAUAUGUUGCUGGAAGGCGCUGAUUAGACCAGCCUCUAAACUAGCAGGGUGUUGUAUGUAAUGUCGUGUGUGUUCCUCUCCAGGGUUACCUCUCCUCUCUGGACAGAAGAGCUUUCACCUACAUCAGUCUGGACGGAGUUGUCACUGGUGAGUACGCAUACGCAUACAACCACAAAAAUACUUCAUACAAAGUAUCCUUCUAAUCUAAUGGUGUGGGUGUGUGAUCUUCAGGCCAUGGUGAUUUUAAAGCGUCUGCCAGUCCCCUGCUCUACAGCCUUCUGGAAAGCACUAUGAAGGAGGUGAAGAAUCCCAUUGGUGUCGGCGAGUCUGGGAAGUCUCUGUAUGAAAAGGUGUCUGGAGUCAACUUUGAGGAGGCAGUGUGAGUACACCACACCUAGCACUCCAAUGAUAGAUCACCCCAAUGAUAGAUCACUCCAAUGAUAGAUCACGCCAAUGAUAGAUCACGCCAAUGAUAUGUGUGUACAGUAAACAUACUCUAACUUGACGUGUGUGUUUUAUCAGGUUUGAGCCCAUGCAGAUGGAAGACUCUGCAUAUCCCUUCCUGGCCUUCUCUGGAAUCCCCUCUCUCUCCUUCCGCUUCAUCUCUCAGGGCGUGAGACACAAACACACACACUUUUUAACAAACACUAACACACACACACUCUUACACAUUCACACACACACACACACACAGAUUCUCUGUCAGGCUUAGAUGUUUUGUUUACAAAUAGUUUGAUUUCGAUAACUGUCUCUAAUAGAAUAGUCUGUCUCUGUCUCCCGUGUGUGUGUGUGUGUGUGUGUGUGUGUGUGCGCGGUGGUGCAGUCUGAGGCCUACCCGUACUACGGCACCUCUCUUGACAACAAGGAUCACCUUGGUUACGCCACCGCCCAUCGCCUUAGUUCCCUAGCCACUGGGGCGGGAUUGGUCGCAGGUCAGCUGGCGUUACGAUUGGUCCACGACCACGUGCUGCGUCUGGACGUGCAACGCUACAAGAAUGUUCUCAGGCAGUCGGUGGUCAAGAUCAACCAGCGCCUCAAACAAGCCACCCGGGUUUGUUUAUAUGACAUGAUAUAUAAAAUGAUAUGAUAAAUAAAUAAAUAAAUAAAAUACAUGAUUGUUUUAGUUUACAUUGUUGUUUAUAUUGUUAUUGGGUGUAACGUUAGGUAUAAUUAUAAUGUUAUUGUGCUGUUACAGGAUGGUUCUGCCGAGGGUCUGUCAGCCCGUUGGCUUGUCAUGGCCUUGGGGUCCUACAGUAGAGCUGCUGCUGACCUCAACACUGACAUACUCAACACCGAUCUCACUGACACACUGGCCUGCCACGACAUCAACGACCGCAUCAUGAGGGUGAGACACACACAAACACACACCCUUGUAAUCUAACAGAUCAGUGUCAUAGGGCUCCAGUUUUAUAGUGAACACAAGUCAAUCAGUAGUGGUUCUGUCUUGAUUCAUAAACUAACAUUGGAUUCUCCUCUCUCCCCCAAGGUGGAGCACAACCUCCUUUCUCCGUAUGUCUCCCCCAAGGAGGUUCCAUUCCGCCACCUGCUGUAUGGCUGUGGUUCCCACACCCUGGCAGCCCUGUUGGAGGGGGAGGACAGAGAGGCGCUGCGGACCCAGCUGGCCCUGGCCACCUGGACACUGCAGGGCUGUGCCAAUGCUCUCUCUGGAGACAUCUGGGACAUCGACAACCAGAUCUAACUGUGUGUGUGUGCGCGCAGGGCUGGUCGGGGUUCAACCUCGUCCUCGUUCACUAUAAAAUCCAGGAUGAGAUGAAGAGGGAUUGGUCAGGGCUGAUGAUGUCAUAAGAGUCCAGGAAGUACUGUCAUUCCUUCCAGUUUCAGUUACUAG